AUGUUCGAUGCUGAGGUUGUCAUUAGGACCACACCACACAUACCCCCUCCCACGGGCCACAAGCACACUCAUCGCAUCAGCAGCACGAUAUACUCACACCCUGCCGCGCCGCAUGUCCGUGUCCGUGUCCGUGUCCGUGUCCGUGUCUGUGUCUGUGUCUGUGUCUGCCCGUGCCACGGCCCCCCGGAGGCGAGGGCCGCGUAG